AUGACUGGAGGGGAUCGACUCGCCGAGGAUUCGUCCAGAAGUGCACCUGUACUAGAAUUUGACUAUCUCAUCUGUGGAGACUGUGGCAAAGAAUUCAUGGACUCCUACCUUAUGCAGCACUUUGAUUGGGCAACAUGUGAUAAUUGCAGAGAUGCUGAAGAUAAACAUAAGCUUAUAACAAGGACAGAAGCAAAAGAAGAGUAUCUUCUUAAAGACUGUGACUUAGACAAGAGGGAACCAGUUCUCAGAUUCAUUGUGAAGAAAAACCCUCAUAAUUCACGGUGGGGUGACAUGAAGCUUUAUUUAAAACUACAGGUAAUCCAGCGUUCUCUUGAAGUCUGGGGUAGUGAAGAAUCAUUGCAAGAAGCAAAGGAACUCCGUCGUCACAGCAGAGAGAAGAUGAAACAGAAGAAAUUUGAUAAGAAAGUUAAAGAGCUGCGCCGUGCUGUGAGGAGUAGUUUGUGGAGGAAAGACACUAGUAUCCAUGAACAUGAGUAUGGACCAGAAGAAAACAUUGAUGAAGAUACAUAUAAAAAGACAUGUACUGUAUGUGGCCAUGAACUAACUUAUGAGAAAAUGUAAUGUUAAUCUGUGG